AUGCCUCGCCUACCAAUGCCGCAGAGCACGCUCAUGUGCUGCAUGGCGGCGAAACCCCCCGGCAUUGCCUCGUUAACGACCUGCCUCGCGGGCCUCGCGCUCCAGCAGACACGGCAAGCCUCGAUCCUCGCCAGCCUCGCCAACAACCCGGGCGCAAUCCACAAGAAGAAACGCGUCGGCCGCGGUCCCUCGUCCGGGCACGGGAAGACGUCGGGGAGGGGCCACAAGGGACAGAAGCAGCAUGGGAAGGUGAAUCCGUGGUUUCAGGGCGGGCAGACGCCCUUGAUUGUGAAGCACGGCCGAAAAGGAUUCACCAAUUUCCGGGCGCCAGUCAUGUCUGAAGUGAACCUCGACCAGCUCCAGGACUGGAUCGACCAAGGACGAAUCGACCCGCACAAGCAGAUUACGCCCAAGGAGCUGAUUGAAAGCAAGCUGAUCGGGAGCGUCAAGGACGGCAUUAAGAUGCUGUCGCGAGGCUCGGAACGCCUCAAGCAGCCCAUCGACGUCAUGGUGUCGCGGGCAUCGGCCGGAGCCAUCGCCGCCAUCGAGGCAGCCGGCGGCAAGAUUGUGACAAGAUACUACACCAAGCUGGCCAUCACGCGGCUGCUGUCUGGGGAGUCGGUAAACACGGACAAGCCGCUGCCCGUGGGCAAGGAGCACGUCGAGUCGGUGCUGGCCGAGGCGAGAAAGGCGCCGUUCCGGUACCGCCUGCCGGACCCGACGAGCCGAGCGGACAUGGAGUAUUACAGGGACCCGGCGCAUCGGGGGUACCUGAGCCACCAGCUUGCGCCGGGACAGUCGCCAAGCUUGUACUACAAGGUCCCUGGGGUGUAUAAGAUCAAGAGUGCGCCCAAGGCGGCCAAGAAGGUGGACGUGGAGAAGCUUUGGUGA